AUGGGUGCCGCUCAUCUGGGGUGUGCUGUGCGGUGCUGCUGCCUCUGGUGCGUGAGUUUGAUCAUGAACAAGGGAAAUUUUGGCAACUUCGAGUGGACCCUCAAGGAUGUGUCUAUGGCCGUCGUGUGCAUGUUCCUCUCUGGACCGCUCCUCACCGGCUACACUCAGACCAUAAACGACUGGUACGAUCGCGAGAUUGACGCUAUCAACGAACCCAACCGGCCCAUCCCGUCGGGUGCUAUCUCCGAGAGCGAUGUCAUUGCGCAAAUCUGGAUUCUGCUGCUGAGUGCCAUGGUAGUGGCGUAUGGCCUUGACGUUUGGGCGGGUCACGACUUCCCCAUCCUGCUUGCUCUCUCAGCCGGUGGCUCGCUCAUUUCAUACAUCUACUCCGCGCCUCCUCUCAAGCUCAAGCAGAGCGGCUGGAUUGGCAACUAUGCCUUGGGAUCCAGCUACAUCUCGCUUCCCUGGUGGGCGGGACAAGCUCUCUUUGGCACGCUGACCUUUGACGUCGUGGUGCUCACUCUCCUCUACAGCAUGGCCGGGCUGGGCAUUGCUAUUGUGAACGAUUUCAAGAGCAUUGAGGGCGACCGCAAGAUGGGGCUGCAGUCCCUCCCAGUGGCCUUUGGUGUGGAAACUGCCAAGUGGAUUUGCGUGGCCAGCAUUGACGUCACUCAGCUAUCUGUUGCAGGUUAUCUCCUCGCCACUGGCAAGACUGUCUACGGGCUUGUGCUUCUGGGCCUCAUUGCUCCCCAAAUCUUCUUCCAGUUCACACUCUUCCUGCCUGAUCCCAUGAAGAAUGACGUCAAGUACCAGGCUAGCGCACAGCCCUUCCUGGUGUUCGGCCUUCUCUGCACAGCUCUGGCUAUUGGCAACCAAUAG